UUUGAGUGAAUAUUAUAAGUGAAAGUGUGAGAUAUGUGAUUAUACAUAAGGUCAAAGGUCACGCCUAUUCCAGUCAAGACAAGCUACCAGUGAACACAGCGGAGUGAAUAGAUGGUUGUCCUAGUGCACAAUGACUUCCACUGUUUAACUCAUAACAUUAGCGUGAGAUAUCUGUAAUGUGAAAUCUGUCAUCAGAUAUAUUUCUUGAAUAAUGGACUCUAACCUGUAAGUAAUCAAAUUGUUACAACAGAAUGGACUGAAACCAGAAAUGUCGGUACGACAUUUAGUUAAGCAGGGGAGAAUGUGGUAUACCCCCCAUUUUUGCAUUUUGUAUAGUCCCUUUUCAUGAUUCUGUGACUUAUGUACGAUGGAGUUACAUGUUUUGGCCAAUAGAUGGCACUAUUAGACCUCUGAAUAAUGCAGUUGCAUGACGAUUAUGAGCAAAGGAAGAAGUUGUUACUGCGAGUGAAGGAAGGAAGCAGUCGCAUUCUCUAAGUGAAUGAACCAAAAACUCUUAUAUCGCUUUAACAAUGUGUGUGUGUGUGUGUGUGUGUGUGUGUGUGUGUGUGUGUGUGUGUGUGUGUGUGUGUGUGUGUGUGUGUGUGUGUGUGUGUGUGUUUACCUUGGCCCUUUCUAAAUACCUGCUUGUAAAGUUUGUUCCAAGAUGAACCCAAUCCAAUCCAGCCCAACAAGAUUCCUCAUUGAAGUGAAAUUGUUCCGCCUCGAGCAGCAAGACACCUGUACAGUGAUGUCAUGGAACAGCAGCCAAUAGGAGGUUAGUCUGAGAGGAGGGUAAACUGGUCCAACUGGUUGGUUCACAGGAUAAUUUCCUUGUUCCCGAGUCGGACGGUUUGGUGAUGCUCACUUCAUUACAGCAGUGAGAAGACCCAGGAAUGGCCUCUGCGACAUCGUGGUCUGAGGAGGACUUCUCCUGUUCCAUCUGUCUGGAUGUGUUCAACAGCCCAGUUACCACACCAUGUGGACACAACUUCUGCAGAACCUGUAUUACAGUGUUCUGGGAUGACAUGGUCCAGUACAAAUGUCCUGUCUGCAACGAGCUGUUCCACACAAGACCUGUUUAACGGGUUAAUACCUUCAUAUCAGGGAUGGUUGAUCAGUUUAGAAGUUCUGUACGAGUCAAAGAGCAGCCUUGCGUUGAACCCGGAGAAGUUCCUUGGGACGUCUGUACUGGGACCCAGCUGAAGGCAGUGAAGUCCUGCCUGGUGUGUCUUAUCUCUUACUGCCAGACCCACCUGGAGCCACAUCAGAGAGUCGCAGUCCUGAAGAAACAUCGGCUGGUCGAGCCUAUGGACCGUCUGGAAGACAGGAUGUGUAAGAAACACGACCGACUUCUGGAGCUCUUCUGCCAGACUGAACGGGUGUGUGUGUGUCAGUUCUGCACAGAGACAGAACACAAGUCCCACCCUGUUGUCCCUUUAAAGGAGGAAUAUGAAGUGAAGACGGCCCAGCUGGGGAAGAUAGAGGCUGAAGUUCAGCAGAUGAUCAAGGAGAGACAACGAAAGAUUAAAGACAUCAUAGACACGGUGGACCACAGCAAAGCAGACGCAGACAGAGAGAUAGCCGAUGGUGUGCAGGUCCUCACUGCUCUGAGGCGGUCUGUUGAAAAGUGUCUGGAUGAUCACAACAAAACGGUUCAAGAGAAACUGAAAUCCACAGAGAAAGAAGCUAAAGGCCUCAUCAAAGAGCUGCAGCAGGAAAUAAAAGAUCUGGGGUCUCAUUUAUAACCGUUGCAGACGCACAAAACGGGGCUGAAAGUUGCGUACGUGACUUUUCACGCCAAGGUUGUGAUCUAUAAAAAAACAACUUGACGGGAAAAUGUGCGCAGCCCUAAGCAAACUCUGACCCAUGCGUACGCAUGGUUUGGAGGAAAAGGAGAAUUGGCGACACAGACGCCAGGUGGUGAACUGAAGUCAGACCGAAGAAUUGCAGAGUGAGAAGAACGAUUAUGUUUUAUCAUCGCCCUUCAUCAAUUUAAUUUCAACCCGUAUCAUGCGUUAAAUCCUAAUCAGAAUAAUUUAAAUCCACUGCGUUAUUUCUCAGUUAUAACUCCAGAAAUAUCUCCUUAGAAUAGAAAUAAAAAGAAAUUAUCUAUAUUUAAUCCCGUCACUCCAUACUGUCCACUGACGGCGCGACUGCAUGGAAUAAAGCAUCUGUCCAACAUGUGUCAAUAACUUAAUAUUUUUAUGUGACACUGUAAACACAUGAUCAAAUGUCAAUUAAAUCCCAAGUGUGAAAAACCAAGCCACACUCAUCACAAUCGUUGUCCGUUACUCUUGAUGCUUUUCAUGACAAAUCAGGCAUUAAAAAGGGGUUAUGUUCAAGAACAUUUUACGUGGGUAAUUACAAACUGAUUAUCCAAGGCGUUCUCGUCAGUCUUAUUACCGUAACCCUAUAAAUACAGAGGUGAACGCCGUGGUAAUGCUGCACCAUAUGGCACUUCUGGCGGACCAUGCAGGAUUCGGAGGGAGAGGGUAUUUAGGGACCAUAACGAUUUAUUGGUAGGCUACAUAAAAAUAUGUAACUCUAUGUCAGACCACUUCUUUUUUAAUUCUGGGACUGUGCGCUCCGUGCUACUGACAGAGUUCACUGCUGCAGCAACAUGUUGCCACUCACUCUGCUUUUUGCUGUUGGCGAUUCCAAUCCCGUGACCGCCAAACAAAACUACCUUUCGGGCCUCCAUCUCACCCACAAGUGUCUCCACUUCAACCUCCGUGAAAUUUCGCUUUUUAGAUUUUCUCAGUACUUCUGCCAUUGUUUCCAACAAGACAUAAUACCGGCAUCUGAGUCUGUUUUAUAUGCAGAUCGCAUUCAUGAGGUCAUUUGCAUUGACCAUUUAUGGUUAAAAAGGGGCGUGUAGAGGGUGGAACGUGAAGCUGAUUCAGCUGCGCACAAUUAUAGUCAGUAUGUGAUUUAUAAAGCAAAGAUUGCGUACAGGUGUGCGUACGCAGUGUUUUAUAAAUCCGAAUAUUUUUUGGCGCACGCAAAACUUGGCUUCUGGGCGUACGCACAUUUUUAGUAACGAUCCCACGCACAGUUUUAUAAAUGAGACCCCUGACCAAUAGAAGCUCAGAGGUGAAGCAGUUCAUCCAAACUGAAGACCACCUCCACCUCCUCCAGACCUUCAGAUCCCUGAAGGAUCCUCCACCCACCAGGGACUGGACCACGGUGGAGGUCCGUCCUCCAUCAUACGUAGGGACCUUGAGGAGAGCCCUGGAUCAGCUGGAGGAGACACUGAACAUGGAGAUGAAGAAGGUGCCUGACCUGAGAUCAGCUCUACACAAGUGUAAGUGUCUGUUUGAUUUGAUUUAGGGCUGUCAAAUACAUAUUUAAAAAUAUUCGUCAAAUAUAAAGAAAUAUUUUACAUCCAAACUAAAUUAAAGAUGUCAGAUGUUUUCCCCUUAAGAUAUGAGUGCCACCGUGUAAAAUAAGGUUGAGAAAUAACCUUACAUUAAAAAAUGUAAUGCAAAAAAACACAUAGCAUGCGUUCACACUCACAUCCAUAUGGCCCGUCGGCCUCCUGGGGAACGGGACUCGGCUACAGCGGUCCGUUCUGGGAGCGUAUCUCGGUCCGGUCCUCGGUCCUACACUGGACCCACAUGUGUCUCAUUAGCCCGUCUCCGCCUCCAUUUAUAUACCGCUCACCUGCGUCUGACCGGCCUCCCUCGCGGGUGUUUCCUCUGAGGCAAUGCGCCAAUGCGGUCCCCGGCGCCCUCUGGGUGAGAAGGGUGGUAGACCCCCUACACCACCGGUCCCCUGGGCUUCAGGGCCGCUGUGUCGGGGCCGGGUUACCACAAUGUGUUCAAAACAUUGUUGUAUUAUAUUCAUAACAUUGUUGUUAAUACAUUCAUAGCAUUGUUGUUAAUACAUUCAUAAUAUUGUUGUUAAUGUGUUCAUAACGUUAUUGUUGAGGUGUGUGUAUCAAUGUAUGUGUACAUAUGUAUAUGUAUGUAUGUGUUCAUAUCUAUGUAUAUGUACACAGAGCGCAGGAGAACAAUACUAGUGAUGAUGAUGAUGAGGAUGAAGAGCGGUUCAGCAGCUCAUCAUGUCUGGUUCUCCCUCACAUGCCUGUGACCUCACACUGGACCCCAACACGGCCCACAGAGACCUCUCUCUGUCUGAGGACAACAGGAAGGUGACGUGGGGUGGAGAGGUCCAGGGGCCUCAUGUACUAAGGUUGCGUACGCACAAAAACGUGGCGUACGUCCUUUUCCACGCUGACGUUCAGAUGUACAAAACGUGAAAUGACCGUAAAAAUGUGCGGUCCCCACGCCAGCUCCAGAGCUGUCGUACGCACGUUUCUACAGCUAUUGUUCCUUUGGCGACACUUAGAGGUGACGCUGGGAAACUGGGAAAAAAGGUGAAAACCAUGACUCAUCAGAGUGAUUUGCACAUCAGAGACACACUAAUGAACGAUUAACACACCUCGCAAUUAUAUGGGUGGCUAUAAAAGCAUGCGCAAUGGAUGAAGAAAAUUGUUUUAAAAAUGGCUGCGUUAGCGUUGUUAGAGGACAUCGCAAAUGGUCAAAUCCGAAGGGAACGUAUAUUUAGGGAACGCGAGGACUUACUCGCAAAUGAUGAUGAUUAGCUCAUGAGCCGAUUUCGUUUCCCCAGGCCAGUAUUACUGGAGCUGUGCGCAGAGCUGCGGCCGGCCCUAGAGCGCCACACAGCCAGGAGCCAGGGGUUGUCCGUGCCCACACAGGUGCUGACCACGCUGGGGUUCCUGGCAACAGGGGCCUUCCAGCGGGAGCUGGCCGAUCGGUCAGGAGUGUGCCAGUCCACCCUGAGCCGAGCCAUGCCAGCUGUGUGGGACGGAAUCAUCAUAUGAGAUUAAUAUGAGUCCAGACCGGCCUCAUAUGCAUUAAUGCAUUAAUAUGAGAUAAUUAAUGCGUUCAAAGCCGAGCCACGCCGCCUUGCCCUGUGAAUUCAGUUGCAGCACAAAUAUAGCAGCAAAUACGUUACAUUCUUAACCCAGCAGCGGUGUUGUUCAGAUACUGAUUAAAUGGGUUUGUUAACCAUGUUUGUUAACCAUAAUAGUAUGGCUCCAUGAGUAUGCGCACACGUUCUAUGUGUUCUUCAUCUCUGGGCACUGCGUCCCUUUAUGUUUUGCAGCGGUUGCAUUUGUUCUCUGUUAAAACACAUGGUUAAUGUAUUAUUUUGGAGUUAAUAAAUUUGGAAAAAAAAACAGGAACACCACUAGUUUCUGGCUACGCCACUGGUGUCACCGAUCAAAGCGGCCACUCUCAAAUCGAAGGGGGAGAGUUCCCCCACUCCCGUCCCCCCACCUGUUGCGGUCACGCUUCGGCGGUGGGCAGAAACCCUCCGCUUCACCUCCACCUUGAGGUCUGACCACUUUUUUUUAAUUUCAGAGUGUGUGCGCUGCUGAGACCCCACUGCAUUGACGGCCUCGCAAACACACUCCCACUCACUUCUCUUUUGUUUUGCAUGUAUCCCUGUUGACAGGGUUCCAAUAGCAUAUGCUUGCGCAUUUCUACCUCGUGGAGCAAAAUCUCGAGCUCAGACUCCGUGAAGUUUCGUUUUUUGCCUCUGUUCAUGGUGCCAGGUGAUCGGAUUAAGAGGUGAAUCUCAGGUCCAGAGGCCUAUUUAAAUGAAAUUGCAUAUUUAAAUGAGGGCGUGGACAGGGAGGAGUUUGGAACCUCGGCAUGUGCGCUCAAUUCCACGUUGAUCGAGAUGUACAAAAGAAACGUGCUUGGAUCCAUGCGUUCGCACACUUUGAUACAUCUGAAUUUAUUUGUGCGUAAGACAGUUUCUGGGUUUUGGCGUACGCCAAGUUUCAGUAUGAAAUCCACGCAAGUCUUAGUACAUGAGGCCCCAGGUCCUCAGCCUCUCUGUGUCGGUUGUAGAGAGAGUGGGGGGAGCAGGAGCCUCCCAGUCCUCCCAGUCGGGGGGCCGUUCUCGUCUCCCUCGGCCGGAGUCGGUCCUCUGACUCCGCCCCUCAGUUGUAGAAAAAUGGGUAAAAAAGGUAAAGAAAAGUCGUAAAAAAGAAAAGU